UCCUCCGCGCAGGCGCAGUACCGUAGACGUUUCAUGUGCUGUGUGGAGGUCAUACAGUUUAUGUCUGAAUACAUCUGAGAGCCACUUUUGUUGCUGUCAUGGCAAAGCUGUUCGAGACUGUUGGGAAGUUGGGACUGGCUCUAGCCAUUGGUGGAGGUGUUGUGAACUCUGCACUUUUCAAUGUUGAUGCAGGACAUCGGGCAGUGAUAUUUGACAGGUUCAGAGGAGUGCAAGAUGCUGUUGUUGGUGAAGGCACCCACUUCCUUAUACCCUGGGUUCAGAAACCAAUCAUCUUUGACUGCCGCUCCCGUCCACGCAAUGUGCCUGUAAUCACAGGCAGUAAAGAUCUGCAGAAUGUCAACAUCACAUUACGUAUCCUGUUCCGGCCCGUGACCAACCAACUACCGCGCAUUUUCACCAGUAUUGGAGAGGACUACGAUGAGAGGGUGCUGCCAUCCAUCACCACAGAAGUCCUGAAGGCUGUUGUGGCUCGGUUUGAUGCUGGGGAGCUCAUCACCCAGAGAGAGCUCGUAUCUCGGCAGGUCAGUGAAGACCUUACAGAAAGAGCUUCCACCUUUGGCCUCAUUUUGGAUGAUGUUUCACUGACACACUUAACUUUUGGCAAGGAAUUCACAGAAGCUGUGGAGAUGAAGCAAGUGGCCCAGCAGGAGGCUGAGAGGGCCCGCUUUGUGGUAGAAAAGGCAGAGCAGCAGAAGCAGGCAGCCAUCAUCUCAGCAGAGGGAGAUUCUCAGGCUGCCUUGCUCAUCGCCAACUCCCUGAUGGAAGCUGGUGAUGGUCUGGUAGAGCUGCGGAAGCUGGAGGCAGCUGAAGAUAUCGCAUUCCAGCUGUCUCGCUCCCGCAACGUUACAUACCUGCCCUCGGGACAGGGUACUCUGCUCCAGCUGCCCCAGUGAUAGGUAGCACGUGACCUCUCUGUCCACCCCAUUCUUGGUCACCAGCCGUUACAAGGCAAGGUCCAUGCGAGGCACGGUCGAAGGAUUUAGUAAAGGACUCGCCCCGCUUCAUGCACAUUCUUACCACUUUUUCUCUGACCAACUCUUGCCUAAUCACUACUGGUAACGGCAGCAUGGGAGACAGUGUGAGAGCAGUUCUGCAAUACAUCAGAAUAUGAAGAUUGUGACAAAACUUCGUACAUGUUGGGACUGGAUCAGAUUGACCAAUGUAAUAAAUUCUCUUAAGAUUUGUCUUUGCUCCAUUGAAGGGGAGUCUUCGCACUGCACGGGUGAAAGUUUUACUGCAGAUGUACUAUUAGUUUGACUUAAAUCUCUUGUGUUCAGAAUUUAAAUUUCUGGAAUAUCUCAAUUUGUAGUAAAUCUUUGUGAUAUUACCUGACCAAGUCCAUUGGAAUACAAUUUCCAUGGUUGUCGAUCCUUUACAGUUAAGUAGGUUUAUUUUGUGCAGAAGACACGAGCCCAGUUUCGAAAUGAUACAUUUUUUAAAAUGCUAUUUCUUCCUCCAUCUCAGUUGUAUUUGUCCAAUGCCCUUAAAAUGUUGGUAUUUCUGUGGGGUGCAUUCAAAUUUAUCACCACAAGGGUGUACACCGAUCACUUCAAUCAACUGCAGACCAAGAGAAUCGUGUCAAAAAAUAAAAUGUUUAUA